AUGAUAUCUAUUCUUCUAUUCUAUCUAUCUAUCUAUCUAUUUUCCAUCACAUCUAUCUGUCUACUGGCUUUUUCAUCUAUCUAUCUAUCUAUCUAUCUAUCUAUCUAUCUAUCUAUCUAUCUAUCUAUCUAUCUAUCUAUCUAUCUAUCUAUCUAUUAUCUAUCUAUCUAUAAAUCUAUCUAUCUAUCUAUUCUUCUAGUUACACCAUCUAUUCUAAUCUUUUCCAUCUAUGUUCGUAUUUAUCUAUCUAUCUAUCUUUUAUCUAUCGUAUCUAUAUCUAUCUAUCUAUCUAUCUAUCUAUCUAUCUAUCUAUCUGAAAUAAAGACAGAAAUCUAUCUAUCUCUUCUACCGAUCUAUUUAUCUAUCUUUUCUAGCCAUUGUCCAUCUAUAUCUAUUUUCAAGAUCUUUUAUCUAUCUAUCUAUCUAUCUAUCUAUCUAUCUAUCUAUCUAUCUAUCUAUCUUCUAUCUAUCUAUCUAUCUAUUAUCUAUCUAUCUAUCAUAUCUAUCUAUAUCUAUCUAUCUAUAUCUAUCUAUCUAUCUAUAUCUAUCUAUCUAUCUAUCUAUCUAGAAAUCAGUUCUUCAUUUCAUAUCAUCUAUCUAUCUAUCUAUCUAUCUAUCUAUCUUCUAUCUAUCUAUCUAUCACAAUUAUUUCUAUCUAUAUCUAUGUAUCACUUCAUAUCUAUCUGUUUUCAUAUAUCUAUCUAUUAUCUAUCUAUCUAUCUAUAUGAUCUAUCUCUAUCUAUCUAUCUAUCUAUCUAUCUAUCUAUCUAUCUAUCUCUCUAUCUAUCUCACUAUCUAUUAUCUAGUUCUUCAAAAAGAAAUUAG